GCCGGCGGAAGUGCUGUGUUGGGCACUUCCGGUUGUUGUCUGGCUGGUUGUGUGGUGACUGCGUGGAGGCUCUCGGGGCGUCGGCGCCGCCAUGGCCGGUAUCAAAGCGCUCAUCAGUUUGUCCUUCGGGGGAGCAAUCGGGCUCAUGUUUUUGAUGCUUGGAUGCGCCCUUCCAUUAUACAACCAAUACUGGCCCCUGUUUGUUCUGUUUUUUUAUGUCCUUUCUCCCAUUCCAUAUUGCAUCGCCAGAAGGUUAGUGGAUGACACAGAUGCCAUGAGCAAUGCUUGUAAGGAACUCGCCAUAUUUCUCACAACUGGCAUUGUGGUCUCUGCUUUCGGACUUCCCAUUGUGUUUGCCAGGGCACGUCUGAUCGAGUGGGGGGCUUGUGCCCUGGUUCUCACGGGCAACACAGUCAUCUUCGCGACAAUCUUCGGGUUCUUCUUGGUCUUUGGCAGCAACGAUGAUUUCAGCUGGCAGCAGUGGUGAGGAGCUCGUUACCAGACUCUCCCACCGGGGACCUCUUGUCACUGGUGGCCAUCCAGGCCGCCCAAAGGUUGGACGAGAAGAGGAGACGGUCGAGCAGCCCCGGGGGCUGCUCUUCUGGGGACAGACUCUUCUCGCUGCUGCUGGCUGGGAGAGCAUUUCCCCCGUGACUCACUAAAGGGUUCACAGACUUCUGUUUUUUCAGAGCUAUGGUGGACUCCUCGCUUCUCUGCUUUUCAUGGAGCCUGCUGAGUUGGGAUGUCCAUCUCAGGCGUUGUCCCUGUUCAGUGUUAGCUCCAUAGGCCGUGCCCCCACCCCUUUUUAAUGGAAUAAGCACCACCUGAGUAUGCCAAGGGAAGACCCAUCCUCCAAUAGGCCCUGGUCCUGGGGUCGAGGUCCAGCUCAGCCUCCAGAAAUCACCCCAAUUCCCACAGUGGCUCCCGCGUGACACAGAUGAUGCGCCUGUUCAGACAGGCGACGGGUCCUGUUGCUGAGCAGCCAUGUCAGCGGCGACACGCGUGGAAGAAAACAUGGCGGGUGCCAAAGAAUCGCAGGCGGCCCAACCUCAACGGGACGGAUAAGUCUCAGUGGCCAGGGCCAGGUUGUGAGUUUGCGUCGUGAGAAAUUCUUUUUGGAGCUGCUCAGAAGGAGUGUUUCCUUGUUGCACUUCCAUGCUGGGGUUGAAGAUGCGAGAAAAGAGAUCUGUUAUGCCUGGUUUUUAUUUGUGUUUCUUGUGGUGAUAAAUAGAUUGAGCUUCAUUGCGGGGAGCAACCGAUGUUGCAAUUCCAUUUUUAAAGGCCUGUUUCUAUUUAUAUGUAAGAUUUUUGAUCUUGUCAGCAGCCUUUCAUGUUUUACUCUGGGUGAGAUAGAUGUUGAUGGCACUACUGAUGAUGAAAAGUUUUAUGUUUGCAGCAUCUAGAAAAGAAAGCCCUCCCUCUCCCGUGCCCACUUUAAAGUUUAUUUUAUACAUAGUAUAUCUGAACUCAAAUAACUUUUCAGAUGUAGUUUAAUCAUACUAAAGGAGCAGGAUUGCCAUCCUGCACAGUGAGAGCAUUACAGUUUUUCUCUUUGCAAGUCUUGAAAUGAUUUCCCAAGUGAUUUGUCAGUCUUGCAGCUCUCGCAUUAAUAAUCUUCACAUUUAGUCGAUGACAGUUGUAGUGGGUGUUCUGUAACAUUAGGUCACAUGUAACUUCAUAUUUAAGACAAGUUUCCUGCAUACCCCUCAGCGGUCUGAGAGUUUCCUGUCAGGCCUGCCCUUUCCUUAGGCGUCCAAUUCCUGUAAAGUCAUUCGCCGCCACUGUUGCCACUUUAGACCCAACCGGAUCCCAAAAUGCUCGGCUGCAUAUCUUACUCUUAACUGAGCGUGAUCAAAUUGUGUGUGUGUGUGUGUGUGUGUGUGUGUGUGUGUGUGAGAGAGAGAGAGAGAGAGAGAGAGAGAGGAGAGAGAGAGGACAGAGUUACACCUUCUGAUGUACUUGAGGCCCUGGUGUACUAGGCACGUAAAUAAUAACUGUUAAGUUGAACUCUCGAAAACCUUGAGUUCACCUGACUAUUCUGUUAGGCCUUUGUUUGUUUUGUUUACUCAGUUACUGAUGUAUAUGCCUAAAAAUGGCUCAUUCUCAGACAAUGAGCAAUGAUCAUGACAGUUACUAUUUGCUUUUUGAUCAAGUGUAUUCCUGAAGGAAGUGGGAACAGAUGUCUGCACGUUCACUUUAUUCCUAGAGAUGUGUGAAAUCACCCUGCGUUGUUUUUCUGGCUGGGAAAUGAGCCCCAAGAUCGCAGGGACUGCCAGUGGGCGGUGGACUGUGUACCCCUCCCCAGCGGGCUGGAACUGACCUGCAGCGUUAAAUGUCUGUGACCUGGAUUAGUCCAAGUGUGCUGAGGCAGUAUGUGUCAGACAGCUGUGGCUAUGCCUGUGACCCCCCUGGCCUCUCCCCAUGUCCCGUUGGUGGUGGUCUUCCUCAGGGUGGCUCAUUGCCGCUCCCCUUUAUUUACUUGGCCUCUUUUCUACCUGUUGCAUACACCUGUCAUAUACUAACUGCGGUGGUGGGGCAGCACCGUGCCUCAGAGCUUGCCCAGUAGGCUUGACAUAGUGCUGGCCCAGCCUCUGGUUUUUAGGCUAAGAUCCUUAACGUGUGGCUUUUCCAUAGCAUAUGCAUUGAUAGAACAUUGCUGUCCAAGAGAGGGAAAACUUUUGAUGACAAAACAAUAAAGAUUUCAAGUUCUUGUUUU